AUGGAGGAUAUUAACUCAAACAUCAACGCGGACUUGGAGGUGCGCAAGCUGCAGGACUUGGUAAAGAAACUCGAACAGCAAAACGAGCAGCUCCGUAGUCGGUCUACUCUACUGUCUUCGUCUGGAUUAGUGUCAGGAAACCAUAGACCCCUUAGUGCUGGAUACGACUCACCCCUGUCAGCCGCCUCUGCGGCCGGGCUGGCCGGCUUCCCUGCUGGGGUGGGGUUCGGUGGAACGGGUGGCUAUGGAGGGCUUUUGGAAAACUCCCGUUGUUUGAGCCCCAGACUGUCAUAUGAUGGCAUCAGUUUCAGGAGAGCAUAUGAGGGCGAGGGGGCAUCGGCUGCCACCUCUUUCACUGGCAUCAAUUCGUACUUUACUGACGCAGGGGAAACACUGGGUUUUAUGGAUGAAGGGGAAACUUCAAUCUUGGAUGAAGUAGACAUCCUCGAUCUUGAAGAAAUUGAUUGUCUGAACGAAGAUGAAGACAGCUGGUGAGUGAUACACCAUCUGUAAUUCAAGUAGCCGGAGUGUUUUUCGAACAACGAGAACACAACAGCACGCCCUAAUGCAUUUAGCUACUAGUCAAUCAGUGUGCCUAUCAUGCGCCCAUAUGUGACAGCGCCGCAGCUGUUCCAGACAUUAUCUACGAUGGCAAACGCUUGGAGAGGGAAAUAAUCCUCGCUGAAAUUGCGCCAUAGGAAUGCACCGCACGGCCAUGUUCUCAUACAAUAGCUUGCCACAGACAGGUCAUCACACACACCGCAGACAGAUUGUCUGUGGUUCAUUCUUGAUUAGUGAGUGAGGGGUGGUGGUUGGAAUGAAAUACAAAUGGAAAGGGGAUCACGUGUGGGGACUGUCAAACCACCUGCACUUGUCACAUCACACCCGGAUCAAUAUUGUAUCAGUAGAACUUGGUAUUGUUCUGUGGUUGGUGCUGUGCUUGGACUAAUCACAUCCCUUUAUUAUUAGGCCUUAGUCAUAAUAUUUGCAUUUUAGUGGUCUUGUUUACUCUGUCAAAUGAUGUACCAUAAAAGCUAGUUGUUAGUAAACUCUGUUAACAGUAGGCCUACUGUAGUGUGUCUUCAGGAUAACGGAUGCUCCGUUCAUAUGGUGGCCAUUUGCACUAUUUUGGUGACAUAUGGCAGAAGGCUGUCAGGUAGGAAGAGAAGUGUGCACAGUGAAAUUUAAAGUAGUUUACCCAACCAAAGCCUAUGGGGAAACAGCCACAACCAUGGUUACCUUCUUUGUUAGAAGGAUUAUCAAUACUGAUACACACCAGCCACUAGUCUAGUGUAUGAAGAGAGGUUGAGGGGAGGUCAUUGCCUACUAGGCCUAUGUGAUUAUGACAAUGUUAUAGUAUGUGAAUUGUUGUGACAGCCUGGCCCAGCAACAGUUUUUAGCCACACCACACUGAAUUUCAGGAUCAUUUAUUGUUUGCUGUGCACUGACUGAGCAUUUGGUUUAUAGGGUUAGGCCGCUUACACAGAUUAACUUUUAGAAGUGUAGCCUAAUCCUUGAAACUGGAGAUGUUUAAUUGGAUUUGUGAGGCAGCACAAAUCUCACUGCUGAUCCCAACCCGAGGAAAUCCCUGAAACAGUUGUAGAGAGUUACAGGGUGAUGAGACCUCACUGUCGAGCUGACGUGAAAUAAGCUCUGUUUAUAAAUGAGAUGUUGUAGUUUUGUUUUGUAGAGCAGUAGUAAGCAUUAGCCUAUAAUGAGGAGGCUGGGUCAGUGUUCAUGUCUCUCCCCCUCUCAUGCUCUGAAAGAUAGACCCUUGUCUGCCAUGGUACGAUUAGUAGGAUAUGGUUUGUAUUGGCAUAUUAUGGGCCUCUUGAGGGUAAUUUAAUGGUAAUGGUUGUGCUUUAGGUCAAGGCCUGGCUCAGUGUGUGAGUUCGCCUGCCCUAUGUGAAUGCAUUGGAUACAGAAACAUCUUCAACUACAGUUAGAGAAACUCUUCAAUAUUUGGAAGAGAGAGUAGAGGAAGAAUGACUGAGAAGUUUACUGUGGGCUCUUGGUACCAGUUCCCUGUUGAACCCAAUCCCCACACACUCCUCUGGCGGUCUCUCUGCCCUCUGGCUGGUGAUACACACAGGAUUACCCAUAGUACUACUGAUUGAUGGCUUGCCAGUCCUGGUCAUAGACUCCCAUAAUCCCUGAUUUAGCAUCAGACUGAAUUUGCACGACCGUCUGGUCCUGCAGCUAUUUGACGACCGCACAGCACCAUCCUGCUGUUAAGGUUUUUAUUCUAAAAUACAGUUAGGAGGAUUCAGCCAUACACAUGUUUACAGGAGAAUUAGGCUAAGCUAUAUGUAAAACCAUAGCAAUGUGGAUGUGACACAGCUUUAUUUAUGCCUAAUGCUAGAGUGAUAGGCCUACAAGUUCUGGUUGAAUUUGAUUCUUUAAAUGUAAUGGAUUGCGGUCAGAUUCUCGAUGUGGCAUACUUUUAGAAUGCCCAUAAUGUAUAGAAUCUAGGCCUACAUCUUUCUGUUUAAUAGUAGGCUUUAGUGUUAUUGUUGUUCAGUGCUUAUUUGAGGACUCUCAUGUGGGAGGUUUUCUCUGUGGCUGAGACAAAGCUGACUCAGAUUCCUCUUCCUGGUAUAGGCACUUUCUCUCUCAGUAUAAGGCAGGCCUAAGUAUCAGCCAUAGCAGCUGUGAUGAGAUAUAGGCCUAAGCAGUUUAUAACACUCACCAAACCUGCAUCACCCCUCAUCACAUCUAUUUCCACUGAUUAUCAUCAGGUCUCUCACCUUAUUGAUUGUUGUCAUCAUUAUCCCAGCCAGCCUCAGCCUGCCUUGCCUGGUUAGCAAUUUGUCCACUGGACAGCAUUAUAUUCAUGAAGGAGGGCUGGUGAAGUCAUGAAGAGGCCACGACAACGCCUAUACCCCCUCAGGAGACUCAAAAGAUUUGGCAUGGGUCCUCAGAUCAUCAAAGUUCUACAGCUGCACCAUCGAGAGCAUCCUGACUGGUUGCAUCACCGCCUGGUAUGGCAACUGCUCGGCCUCCGACCUCAAGGCGCUACAGAGGGUAGUGCAUACGGCCCAUUACAUCACUGGGGCCAAGCUUCCUGCCAUCCAGGACCUCUAUACCGGGCGGUGUCAGAGGAAGGCCCUAAAAAUUGUCAAAGACUCCAGCCACCCUAGUCAUAGACUGUUCUCUCUGCUACCGCACAGCAAGCGGUACCGUCUCCCCCCCUUUUUUACGCUCCUGCUACUCGCUGUUUAUUAUCUAUGCAUAGUCACUUUACCCCUACCUACAUGUACAUAUUACCUCAAUUACCUCGACUAACCUGUACCCCCGCACAUUGACUCGGUACCGGUAACCCCUGUAUAUAGCCUCGUUAUUGUUAUUUUAUUGUUACUCUUUUAUUUUUUACUUUAGUUUAUUUAGUAAAUAUUUUUCUUAACUGCAUUGUUGGUUAAGGGCUUGUAAGUAAGCAUUUCACGGUAAGAUUUACACCUGUUGAAUAAGCGCACGUGACAAAGAAAAUUUGAUUUGAUUUGUCCACCUUGCAAAAGGGCCAUGCACGAGCAAAUGUUAGCUAAUGCAUUUCCACCUACAGUGAAGACCAAGGGCAAGCAAACUUUUUUACUCAAUAAACAAAACACAGGAACAUAGUUUCCAGCACUACUCUUAAACACUUGAAUGUUUGUGUGCCAUGUCCAUUGAUGUGUGUGUUGAUGUGUGUUGUGUUCGUCCAGGCUGUAUGAGGCGAAGCUGAACAGCCCGCUGCAGAAAGCCUUGAGUCCCAUCGUGUGGUGUCGCCAAGCUCUGGACAACCCCAGUCCUGACAUGGAGUCAGCCAAGCGCUCCCUCAUCCACAGACUGGACCUCACCAUGUCAGGUACUAUCACCACGCUUCUCUACUCUCUUCUCCUUCCUCGAUCCUCUCCAUUCUCCUCCUCCUCUCCUGUUUCCUCUCUUCUCUCCCCUCUUGCUUCUCCUCCUCUCUUCUCCUCCUGUCUCUUCUCAGCUUUUCUCCAAACAAGCAUGUACACAUCUAGGACAAAUAUGCUUUUGUUUUGUAGUAGGAACUGUGCUCUAUGAGUGUAUUUAUUGCAUUAUCAUGGCCAGUAUGAGUGUGGAUUCUAUCUAUGUCUCUCUGCGUAUUAUGACAGCUAAUAAUAGACAAUCAGGACAGCAAGGCUCCAAAUCCUCCCGGCUAAAGUGAGAUAGGCCAGUUCCAUUUUUACAGAGGUAUGCUCAUGUGACGCACAUAUUGUAUUGAGCAACAGUUUGUUGAAGGUUGCUAUCCCUAAACCGGUGUGUGCUUCGUAACGGUGACUGAUCACGUGACACUAGUAGUUACGCAACACCCCCAGUCACAGACCCCCUGGACAGACAGACAGACGGCACCCACAGGACCAUGGGGUUCCUGUCCUGACAUAGAGUCAACACCUGACCUGUUCCCCUCACAUCCCCUUCCUGUGAGUGCCCUUUGGAGUUAUGUAUCACACACCGAAGUUCAACUCAGACUGUUAAUAGACCACAACAGGCUCUGAGGCUCCGGUGGGUGACCCAUACAUAAUAUGGAUGGGUAUUACUACUCACAGGAGCAAUCAGGGGAGGGGAAGGAUGGGUGGUGGUUGAUAUCCUCCUAAGGAGAGGAUAAUGUUACCCAUACAUUUGGACAUCUAAUGCUUCAAGUAACUGCCCCCCCCCCAAUCUCCACCUCACUCUAAGGACAAAGGGAGGUUCUAGAGAUCAAUCAGCUGGUUGCUUUUUGCACUGCUUAUUAUCAGCAACAGGUCAAUAAAUUAUUGAGGUAUGUGUGAACAUUCAGAAAACAGCAAUGCAGGCUAUAUAGCUCCUGUACAAUAUGCAGGUAACAAAGGGUUAAAGGACCCACCUGCUGACUGGCUUCUAACUGCCUAUACAGUGAGGGAAAAAAGUAUUUGAUCCCCUGAUUAAUUAAUUAAUGAUUAAUUUUGUACGUUUGCCCACUGACAAAGAAAUGAUCAGUCUAUAAUUUUAAUGGUAGGUUUAUUUGAACAGUGAGAGACAGAAUAACAACAACAAAAUCCAGAAAAACGCAUGUCAAAAAUGUUAUAAAUUGAUUUGCAUUUUAAUGAGGGAAAUAAGUAUUUGACCCCCUCUCAAUCAGAAAGAUUUCUGACUCCCAGGUGUCUUUUAUAUAGGUAACGAGCUGAGAUUAGGAGAACACUCUUAAAGGGAGUGCUCCUAAUCUCAGUUUGUUACCUGUAUAAAAGACACCUGUCCACAGAAGCAAUCAAUCAAUCAGAUUCCAAACUCUCCACCAUGGCCAAGACCAAAGAGCUCUCCAAGGAUGUCAGGGACAAGUAGACCUACACAAGGCUGGAAUGGGCUACAAGACCAUCGCCAAGCAGCUUGGUGAGAAGGUGACAACAGUUGGUGCGAUUAUUCGCAAAUGGAAGAAACACAAAAGACUGUCAAUCACCCUCGGCCUGGGGCUCCAUGCAAGAUCUCACCUCGUGGAGUUGCAAUGAUCAUGAGAACGGUGAGGAAUCAGCCUAGAACUACACGGGAGGAUCUUGUCAAUUAUCUCAAGGCAGCUGGGACCAUAGUCACCAAGAAAACAACAGGUAACACACUACGCCGUGAAGGACUGAAAUCCUGCAGCGCCCGCAAGGUCCCCCUGCUCAAGAAAGCACAUAUACAGGGCCGUCUGAAGUUUGCCAAUGAACUUCUGAAUGAUUCAGAGGAGAACUGGGUGAAAGUGUUGUGGUCAGAUGAGACCAAAAUGGAGCUCUUUGGCAUCAACUCAACUCGCUGUGUUUGUAGGAGGAGGAAUGCUGGCUAUGAACCCAAGAACACCAUCCCCACCGUCAAACAUAGAUGUGGAAACAUUAUGCUUUGGGGGUGUUUUUCUGCUAAGGGGACAGGACAACUUCACCGCAUCAAAGGGACGAUGGACGGGGCCAUGUACUGUCAAAUCUUGGGUGAGAACCUCCUUCCCUCAGCCAGGGCAUUGAAAAUGGGUUGUGGAUGGGUAUUCCAGCAUGACAAUGACCCAAAACACACGGCCAAGGCAUCAAAGGAGUGGCUCAAGAAGAAGCACAUUAAGGUCCUGGAGUGGCCUAGCCAGUCUCCAGACCUUAAUCCCAUAGAAAAUCUGUGGAGGGAGCUGAAGGUUCGAGUUGCCAAACGUCAGCCUCGAAACCUUAAUGACUUGGAGAAGAUCUGCAAAGAGGAGUGGAACAAAAUCCCUCCUGAGAUGUGUGCAAACCUGGUGGCCAACUACAAGAAACGUCUGACCUCUGUGAUUGCCAACAAGGGUUUUGCCACCAAGUACUAAGUCAUGUUUUGCAGAGGGGUCAAAUACUUAUUUCCCUCAUUAAAAUGCAAAUCAAUUUAUAACAUUUUUGACAUGCAUUUUUCUGGAUUUUGUUGUUGUUAUUCUGUCUCUCACUGUUCAAAUAAACCUACCAUUAAAAUUAUAGACUGAUCAUUUCUUUGUCAGUGGGCAAAUGUACAAAUCAGCAGGGGAUCAAAUACUUUUUUCCCUCACUGUACCUGAGGGGAGGAGAGGUAUACAGCUGUCGAACAGCUUCAAACAGGCCCACAUUGCUGCACCUCAACCACAUGACGGGCAGAGCGGGCCUAGGCGUGUCCUAUGCCUCUAGCAAGCGUAUUGUGUGGUUGUACUGUAUGUGGGCUCCUCAGUGACACACCAUCUAGAGUGUGUGAAAAUCUGUUGCCAUGGUGUUGUGUGAGGACUGUUUGCACGGGUGAAGGAAUUUCACAGAGCAGGGCAUCACGUCUGGCUCAUGACUAAUGUAAUACACAGCUUGACAGUACAUUUGGACCACAUCAUAAGUUUAUUUUCAAUGCUUUGAAAUGCUUAUGGAAGACCCUUUCAGAGUGUUUAGCCUUCAAUGUCCAUGAGAAACACCCAAACUGUUGGAAGAAAGGCCCAGGGUGAUUGCUUGCUUACUGAAAUGUGAAUGUGUGUGUACUUUUGUUUUAGCUUGCCCAUGGUAACCAAGGUUGUGUCGGUAGACUCCCUGUGAAAUGUAAACAAUGCGAUCCCUUAAAUGCCAUGCCCCAGUUACAUAACAAACUGGAAACAGGGACGAAUGGUUUUAUUUUCCGACAUAGUCGAGUUAAAUAUAGGUAUUAGACACUCUAGUUUCAUUAGUGAAGUGUUAUCAAACAUUUAGAAAUUCUGCAAAAAUGUAUUCUGGGUGUUGUCAUGACAUUAUAAAACUGAAAGCGUAGCAGGAACUAAAGAAUGGCCCGGGCCGGGGACUCUCCUGCCAGUACCAGUCCUGUAAUGCUGGGCUGGAUUCAGAAUGGAGCCUUCGGAACAGUGCUUUGACAAACGUCCACAGAUUCCACCCACACAGUUCUUCUCUACAGCAGAAAGUCCCUAACCCCAGGCGGAUAGCUGGCCAAUCUAGCCAUGCUCAGCCUAACAUGUGGCUACUGUUUCCGUACAUAAGCUAUAAUGGAUUGGAUAUUUCCACCUUCUCUAGGUCAUGUUCUUUCACUUUGUUCAUCUCUCCCCUCAUUUUCUUUCUCUCCCUGAGCCACACAAUAAAGGCUUCUGUUGCCCUCUCCUCAUGUGAAAUGUUCUGAGCUAGCUGGCCCAGUCCAUCUCAAGAACCCUUUCUUUUUAACUUUAAGGAGCCUUCAAUGCCAGGUAUUGUUUACAUUUUCUCUGUCCAUCUGAGCUGUUUAAUCAGACCUCGCAAUCUCUGGGUUUGCUUGUUCUGUCCUGUCUGUCACUGACGCCAUGCUGUCUAGGCUAAUUCCAGUGGAAACUGAAGGUUCUGCAGCCAAACCAUCAGCUGGGAAAGAGUGUUUAUUACUGCUUGUCUCUUGGCUACAAAUGAAUUGAAAUAGUGGUUAUACUCCUGAAUAUCUUUGCUGGCUUGCCUCUGAAGCUAAGCAGGGUUGGUCCCUGGAUGGGAGACCAGAUGCUGCUGGAAGUGGUGUUGGAGGGCCAGUAGGAGGCACUCUUUCCUCUGGUCUAAGAAAAUAUCCCAAUGCCCCAGGGCAGUGAUUGGGGACAUUGCCCUGUGUAGGGUGCCGUCUUUUGGAUGGGAUGUUAAACGGGUGACCUGACUCUCUGUGGUCACUAAAGAUCCCAUGACACUUAUCGUAAGAGUAGGGGUGUUAACCCCGGUGUCCUGGCUAAAUUCCCAAUCUGGCCCUCAUACCAUCAUGGCCACCAAUCAUCCCCAGCUUCCAGUUGGCUCAUUCAUCCCCCUUCCUCUACCCUGUAACUAUUCCCAAGGUCGUUGCUGUAAAUGAGAAUGUGUUCUCAGUCAACUUAUCUGGUAAAAUAAGGGUAAAAUAAACUUCAUAGUGUUAUGGAAUGGUUUUAGCAUGGAGGGAGCAAGUGUUCAAUGUUGAGGAAGUAUGAUAGGUAAAUAAAUGCAAUAUAAAUGUUAUCUAGUUUUUAGGCCUAAGGCAGAUUUGUAGGAGUUUUUUUAGGACACAGUAUUUUAGGACGACACUAUUUUAGUUGGUCCCUGUGCUGCAAAUCCCUGCUGAGACCCAGCCAGCAACACACUGACUGUAGGCGGUCUCCAAUCUCCUCCUACUGAUUUACUGUAGAGCUAAGCUGCUCCGUCUAAUCACCUCCUAGCCCUUAAAUCAUUCACCCCCGGCUAGCCUGGUACCAUAGGAUACAUGGGGGAACAGCUCUGAAUGCACCCUCUGAAACACUGUCCUUUUACUUGUGGUUUGUAAAUCAACAACUGAUAGGUGUCCACUUUAGGGUCACACACUCCGCUAUGUCUGUCUCCAGAGGUCAGAGGUUGGCCCCCACAAUGCGUUGCCAGGGCUUGUGUUCUGCGUCACAGCUGACACAUGGAGGUGGCACUCAGAGGCAGGUAACUCCCUCCUUUAACUCACUGUGUUCGAUCCCUAUCAGCUGUCUCUGUAUGUGAGGACCUAUAUCCUGUAUGUAGGCCUAUAGGUAUAAUGUUGAUCAUACCACAACACAAUUGUUGUACAUAUCUGAGCUUUAAGUAGCACUCUCUCAGCACUGGGAGUUUGGACAGAAUCUGUACUAAAUCAAAUCAAAUGUUAUUUGUCACAUACACGUGUUUAGCAGAUGUUAAUGCGGGUGUAGCGAAAUCCUUGUGCUUCUAGCUCCGACAGUGCAGUAAUAUCUAACAAGUAAAAUCUUAACAAUUUCACAAGAUAUACCUCUGGUGAGGUCAUGGUUUUACAUAGGUCGGACACUGAGAUUAUCAUGAGUUUAUCUGGGAAUCAACAGAGGGCAAAGUGAUCAAGAGGUGUGGAAGUCAGUACUUGUGUCCCUGGUUAAGGCUUAAGCAUGCAGGUAGUGUCAUGUUGUUGUGAACCUAGUAUUCCUCAAUGGCUGAUCUCUAAAGGAAGUGAGUGAGUUGAGUGGACAUGUUGUUAUUUCCUAAAUAAUGCGGUAGGACCGAGUGCAGAGCAUGAAAAUAUGAGAUGAAAGGAGAACGAGUUGAUAAUAAAAGGCUUCUUUCCAGUCACCACCCAGCUGUGGAAACACAUGGAGGGAGGGAGGGAGGGAGGGAGGGAGGUGAGCAAACAAGUGGCCCUGGAGAUUGGAGUGUAUGCAGCACUGCGGGCUGAGCUGUCCCUAGAGGGACUGCAGUACAGCAGUCAACAGUGAUGUCCAGUGAGUUGUAUCCCUGUCAGAGCAGCCAGCCAGGCCUGGUCUAAUGCCUGAGCUGAGGCAGGCUCCAUGGUUAGUCUGCCUACCUGGGACUAACUGACUGACUGACUAGCUGGCUGUAUGGAGUCUCUGUGGAUAGCUGGGGAUCACAGUGCUGCAUUGUGCUGCUCUGACUGUACUACUGAGUGAACGGGCCGUAUUGUUAACUCUUUCUCCAGUCCAUGAUAAGGAAGCCCACGCCUGCCAUACGCAUUAAGUGACUCUAGAAUGUGCACCACUGCCAACACACUAGAGUGGAGAGGACUCAGAGAGAUGAUGUGUGUGACUGUGUGCACAUUAGUGUUUGUGUCAAUGGUUGGUAUAAUGCAGCUUGUGUAUGUCCCCUGAUAAGUCAGCUGGCUCACAUUGAGUACGUUUAUAUGUACAAUAAUAAUUUGAUAUUAAACAGAUUAUGUCAGUAGGCAGAUUACAAUAGUCAUGUAAACACCAUACUUAUCUUAAUCGGUGUAAGGUCAAAAUCGAAGUAAGCAUACGCUGAUUAAAACACCUGGUUUUCUGAGCAAUCUUUCAAAUUAUUAGGACAUGUAAACUCCUUUUAAUCGGUGUUCCAGCAGUGUAUAUGAUCUGCCCAUGUGCUAGCACAAGCCGGGUGAGCCUCCCUCUUUAGCGCGAGUGAAGUGUGUUCGGAACAACUGAAUGUAUGCGUCUUAGAAUACAUUUUCACAUACAAACUUUACAUGUCCAAACUCAGAAUCAAAUAUAACAUGUUCGCUGUGGUAGAACGUUUAUUUUAAUAGGCGAUUAUCUGCGUUUAUCAGAGUGCUAUCAGGUAGCCUGAUUUCAGAUGUGUCCAUGUAAACAGGAUUAUUAGGGAAAUUGUUCUUCUUGCAAAGCAUGUAAACGUUUUAAUCUAACUAUUAUAUUAAUCUGACUAUUCACACUAAUCGCAUUGUGUGCAUGUAACCGCACUCACUGUUAUUAAACUAGUCCCUCUAAGGGGGCAACCGGUAAUGCCUGCAAUGACUUCCCAUGUAAGAUAUUAUCUCAGUGAAUAAUUGGUAAUUACAAUGUAGAUUACUGGCUGUACAACAAUCCCUUAUGUGAUGUAUGAAAAUGUAUGCACUCACUAACUGUAAGUCGCUCUGGAUAAGAACGUCUGCUAAAUGACUAAAAAUGUAAAUGUAGUUAUAGGCUAUAAAAUCAAAGUUUAUUGAUUUGCAGAUGUUAUCGCAGGUACAGUGAAAUGCUUGUGUUUCUAGCUCCAACAGUGCUGUAAUGCAAAACAAUACACACAUAAUCCAAAAAUAAAGAAAUUAAGAAAUAUCAGAAAGAGCAAUGUCAGAGUCCAGAAUAUAUAUAAUGAUGUGUAUAGACAGAAUAUGAAUAGAAAGGUUGUGUACAGCAGUAGUUAUAUAGGAUGAGCCAUGACUAGAAUACAGUAUAUACAUAUAAAGUGGGUAAAACAGUAUGUAAACAUUAUUAAAGUGACCAGUGUUCAAUGACUCGUAUGUACAUAGGGCAGCAGUCUCUAAGGUGCAGGGUAGAGUACUGGGUGGUAGCCGGCUAGUAUCAGUGACUAAGGUUCAGGGCAGGGUACUGGGCGGAGGCCGGCUAGUGGUGACUAUUUAACAGUCUGAUGGCCUGGAGAUAGAAGCUGUUUAUCAGUCUCUCAGUCCCUGUACUGACUCCUCCUUCUAGAUGGUAGCAGGGUGAACAGGCCGUGGCUCGGGUGGCUGAGGUCCUUGAUGAUCUUCUUGGCCUUCCUGUGGCACCAGGUGCUGUAGAUGUCCUGGAGGGCAGGCAGUGUUCCCCUGGUGAUGGGUUGGGCUGACCACACCACCCUCUGGAGAGCUCUUCGGUUGCAGACGGUGCAAUUGCCGUACCAGGCGGUGAUACAACCUGACAGGAUGCUCUCAAUGGUACAUCUAUAAAAGUUUGUGAGGGUCUUUCUUCAGCCUCCUGAGGUUGAAGAGGAGCUGUUGCGCCUUCUUCACCACACUGUCUAUGUGAAGGGACCAUAUCAGCACAGUAUGUUCAUAGCAAUUCUCUUCUCUCUCCACAGCAAACAAGCGUAGGAGCCUGUAUGGAAGUCCCUACAGUCCCCAGGUGAACUACGGAAGCCCAUACAGCACAAACACAGUGAACAGCCCCUACAGCAGCGGCUUCAACUCCCCCUCCUCCACCCCCAGCAGGGUGCCCAUCGUCAGACAGCAGCUGAUGCCCCCUGUCAACCAAGGUACUGUACACUGGAUACAGGAGAGUUAAAUGCAUGCUUUAUAGGCAUAAAGCAUGUCUUUAACUCUCUCCUGAAUCCCUUUCUCUUUAUGUUCAAACAUAAGCUCACCUAAAUGAUUAUGAAUGAUUAUUAUUAAGUAUGAAUACUAUAAAUGUGUGUGUCCCCAGCAGCGCAGCAGCAGCAGCGUGGUGGCUCAGUAGAGAGAGAGAGGAACCCCCCACCGGUCAGCCCUCAGUCUUCAAUAGACAGUGAGCUGAGCACCUCUGAGAUGGACGAGGACUCUGUUGGAUCCUCCACCACGUACAAACUCAACGAUGUCACUGAUGUCCAGAUCCUGGCUCGAAUGCAGGAGGAGAGUAUGUACCAUCUUCUAACUCUGUUUGUCCACAAUAUUACCAGUUCAAUUAGGAGAAACCACAUUUAUUCCAUUUAGAUUUUGUGGCAUAGAGAAAGUUAAGAUAUCAGACAGGGAAGGUGAUAUAAUUAAUAGUCUGAGCUAAAUAUAGUGUUUUUGGAUUUUCACCCUCCAGAUAUUCUCAAAAGGUCUUAAUGAGAAAUGCCCAUGUAUGUUAUGUUGUAAAUGUGAACAUGAACGAAUGCCUUGUCCUUAAUCACUUCAUCCUACUCUGUUUUUAUCCUGAACUGUGCCCAAUGAUUUAUGAAAACUUACUUGAUAGGUCGAUGUCCUCAUUGUGGUUUUACAGACGUGUUUAAUAAAGUUUUUAUGUACACACUUUAUUCGAAUAUUUAUGUAUUGUACAUUGUUAUAUUUGGUAACAUAUGUUUAUUUUUCCUUGACUCCAAUCCCAUUCGGUGCACGGAACGGAUGGGGGUGGAGCAGUGUCUACAUAAGGGUGCAAAUUAAAAACGCUCACAAAAGCUCUGAGGAAGGCCUUGAGACUGAUACGUAAAGCUUAAUAAAGAGCAGUGAUACUAGCAAGAGCAGUGUGCGGGUUUCUUAUUUCUCUCAUGUUUCACAAUAUUACGAGAAACCAUUUACCCACCUGUCAGAUGCUGAGUGUUUAUACUGACUUUCUUUGUACACACUGUACUAGCAGUGUAUGUUCUGAGCGUUUCCCUGUGUUUGUUUCCAGGUCUUCGGCAGGACUAUGCUGCCACAGCGUCCAGACGUAGCUCUGGUUCGUCCUGCCACUCUCUGAGACGCAGCACCUUCAGUGACCAGGAGCUGGACGCCCACAGUCUAGAGGACGAUGAGGAGGCUGUACACCCCGCCUUCCACCCCCCCUCAAACCGCUUCUCCCACUCCCCCAGACACUCCCCCCACGCCUCCCCCAGGAACUCCCCCCGCUCCCGCUCCCCAGCACGCUCCCUGGAGUACAACCACAGCCGGGGCUCCCCGCAGCCAAUCAUCAGCCGGCUGCAGGCACCACGUCACUCCCUGCAGGGCCACGCCCCCCAAGACCUGCAGACCAACGUGGUGAAGAACGAAGGUAAGGUGACACUGGCUGACUACAGCGGAGAGGGGGGGACUGAGUGACUAGAGAGGGGAAAUGGAUUUGGGUUGGGGUUAGUUCAUUGUUAUGUGGAGGACAAACUAUAUGGAUUCAUAUUGUCUAUCCAUUCUGGUUCAAAUGAGCACCAUUGUGUAGCUAUUCAGACCUGUUUUCAGUUGUUUUCCUCUGCUGUGGUGUUUGUAGAGAAGCUGGGGCGUAGUCUUCCUAACCUGACCCGCUCCAACGUGGCCCAGCAGGGCCCAGAGCCCGUCAAGAACAGCAGGAGCUGUGAGUCCAACCUGCUAGUGCCAAAUGGAGGCUCACCCAGACACCAGGCAGUCAGUCAGUCUGCCAGUGGGUACUACACACACACAAUAUCCAUAUUGCCUGUUCACUCGGUUAUCGCAAUCCAAGACAUGCUUUCAUUUUCAUAUUAUUCUCUCUUGUAUACUGACAAAUAACGUUUUUGUUUCUCAAGCAUAUUCAACAGCAGUAAUGUUAUGAUAGGAGUAAUGUGUUGUGAUGUUCUAGCUAGUCGGUGCAUACCAUGCAUCCCUCUCAGGCUCCCCCUUAUUAAAGCUCUUGCUUUUUAGUGUCUUGGCUUUGAUGGUUUGGGAUUCUCUCUGUUUGAUCAUUUUAAUAAUUUCUCCUUCCGUGCACUCGUCUCCUUUUUACCCAAAUCAAUUAGAAUCAAGAGAUUUAAAAGUAGGUUAUUGUGAGGAUGUAUAUUUAGAAUGUAGAGAGAACUGAAUAAAACACUGAAUGCUCUUUUGAAAUAACCACCAACUGAAUUCUCUCCUAGAGUGGCCAUUUACUAUAACCCUAGAAUAAGAGAUACACCCCCACAGUGAAUGAGUAAUGGUAGUGUUGUAUUUUAAUCCAUAUAACUAAUCCCCACUCAGACACCUGAAGGAGAAAAGGCUGCUGGACAAAGGACGUGUAAUCUGUAUCAAUUAAUCUGUUAGUUAAACAGCUUUUUAUACACUGAUAAUUAAGUAUGUGUAAGUGAAGCGGAACACUUUGUGAAUGUGUAUAUGUUCUGUACUAUCCUGUACUAUGUCACUGUUUUGCUCUUGACACUUAGUCGUCUCCUGUACUUCUCUGGGCUUUUUCUGGCUGUGGUGGGCAGUAUGACACCACUAUCCCUGCCUCUCUAUCUGACAGUAGAGCAUGUGCUGCCUUUCACCCACCGCUCUCUUUCUACUGAGGCACUGGUAGUGGUUUGGCCUAGUGUUGGCCCAGCUCAGCUCUGGAAGUACUUUACCCCUGGCAGUGUGUGUGUGUGUGUGUGUGUGUGUCUCGCUCUCCCCCCCACCCCCACCCCCACCCCACUGUGAAUGCCUAGUGUUUCAGGCUGCUCUUUUACCUUUGGCUGGGAAUGACUAUAAGCCUGGCUUGGCUGACUCAGUGGCCUCACUGCCUCACACAACCCCUCCUUCCCCUCUGGCUGCCUGGUUCAACCCUAUCUCGUCAUCUUCUCCCUGGUCCAGUAACAAAACAGAAAGGAUUGACUCUGUUUCUCCCCAACUGUCAUCUCCAUUUUUCCCCAGUAGCCCAGCACUCCUCCUCUCCACUCCACUCCCGGUACUCCACCCCCCCUCGCUCCUCCCAAACAGGAACUCCCGCUCGAUCCUUACUGUCCCCGAAACCCAAACAGCCCAUCCAAAGCCCUUCUUCCCUCCGAGGUAACAGCCUGCCAGUGCCUGGGAUGAUCCACCUGAUGAGUAGGGUCCCCUACAUACACAUUCAUCCUGAGUAAUACACACAUGACCACGUUCUUUACCAAACGUAAAGCAUUUUGGGUUUUACUGUGUGACGUACCUGCAUGCACUCGACCCAAUACAAAGUGCCGGGAAAUUUGGUACAGUUGUCUCCGGAUUUGCAAGGCAAGCAAUUGUUUUCUGGGAUGGUCACUUUGUCAGUUUAGGCAGCUUCUGGGAUGGUUUUGAGUGUCUCCAUGGUGUUCUUGUAGGGUGGGCCUGUUGGGUCUGGUCUGAGCAGAACAGAUAACUCAUGUCUCCCCCCUAGUGGUGAUGGGGAGAACCUGCUGAGAAACCCUGUGGUUCUGGAAUGCCUUUGGGCUCCCAAACCUCAAGGCUGUUUCAGAUUAUGUUUGAAAUCAUCUCAGUUUCUGAUGGCACAGCUGAUGUGGUUGGCCACAUUGCAGUCAUUCCUCUUCUUGGCAAUGGUUGCUGAUUUGGUUGGAUGACUAGAUCAAGCAGAAGGUUCACAUUUAUACUGAACAAAAAUAUAAACACAACAUGUAAAGUGUUGGUCCCAUGUUUCAUGGGCUGAAAUAAAAGAUCCUAGAAAUGUUCUAUACGCACAAACGUAUUUCUCAAAAAUGUUGUGUACAAAUUUGUUUACAUCCCUAUUAGUGAGCAUUUCUCAUUUGCCAAGAUAAUCCAUCCACCUAACAGGUCUGGCAUAUCAAGAAGCUGAUUAAACAGGUGCACCUUGUGCUGAGGACAAUAAAAGGCCACUCUAAAAUGUGCAGUUUUGUCACACAACACAAUGCCACAGAUGUCUUAAGUUGAGGGAGCUUGCAAUUGGCAUGCUGACUGCAGGAAUGUCCACUAGAGCUGUUGCCAGAGAAUUGAAUGUCCAUAAGCCACCUCCAACGUCGUUUUAGAGAGUUUGGCAGUACGUCCAACCGGCCACACAACCGCAGACCACAUGUAACCACGCCAGCCCAGGACCUCCACAUCCAGCUUCUUCACCUGCGGGAUCGUCUGAAACCAGCCACCCGAACAGCUGAUGAAACUGUGGGUUUGCACAACUGAAGAAUUUCUGCACAAACUGUCAGAAACCAUCUCAGGGAAGCUCAUCUGCGUGCACGUCGUCCUCACCAGGGUCUUGACCUGACUGUAGUUCGGCGUCGUAACCAACUUCAGUGGGCAAAUUCUCACCUUCGAUGGCCACUGGCACGCUGGAGAAGUGUGCUCUUCACGGAUUAAUCCCGGUUUCCACUGUACCGGGAAGAUGGCGCCGUGUGAGCGAGCGGUUUGCUGAUGUCAACUUUGUGAACAGAGUGCCCUGGUGGCGGUGGGGUUAUGGUAUGGGCAGGCAUAAGCUACGGACAACGAACACAAUUACAUUUUAUCGAUGGCAAUUUGAAUGCACAGAGAUACCGUGACAAGAUCCUGAGGCCCAUUGUCAUGCCAUUCAUCCACCACCAUCACCUCAUGUUUCAGCAUGAUAAUGCACGGCCCCACGUCGCAAGGAUCUAUACACAAUUCCUGGAAGCUGAAAAUGUCCCAGUUCUUCCAUGGCCUGCAUACUCAGACAUGUCACCCAUUGAGCAUGUUUGGGAUGCUCUGGAUCGACGUGUACAACAGCGUGUUCCAGUUCCCGCCGAUAUCCAGCAACUUCGCACAGCCAUUCAAGAGGAGUGGGACAACAUUCCACAGGCCACAAUCAUGCGAAGGAGAUGUCACACUGCAUGAGGCAAAUAGGGGUCACAUCAGACACUGACUGGUUUUCUGAUCCAUGCCCCUUUUUUUUUUUUAAGGUAUCUGUGACCCACAGAUGCAUAUCUGUAUUCCCAGUCAUGUGAAAUCCACAGAUUAGGGCCUCAUUUAUUUAUUUAAAUUGACUGAUUUCCUUAUAUGAACUGUAACUUUUGGUAAAAUCUUUGAAAUUGUUGCAUGUUGCGUUUUAUAUUUUUGUUCAGUGUACUUGAAGUUGUCCAUGGAUUAGUUUACGUGUAGACCUGUAUUGGUAACUAGAUGGUAUGCUUUUUAUUAUGGGCUCGGAGAGACUUUUUAGUCUCAAGGUCUUUUUCCAUCCAUAUCAUCUAUUAGCCUACACUUUCUUCUGCUGUUCUGAAUGAAGUCAAAUAUCUCCUGUCUUCAUCUUUGUUUAGUCCAUCUUUCCUGUUGCUUUGGAGAAGAAGGGGAUUUCAGUGAGUAUUCACUGGUCAUGCUCCCAACUUUUAUAUAUUGUGAUUGUGCUCUCAUGAUGUGAUGUGUUAAUGUUGUGGUAUUAUCUGUGCCCUUCCUAUCACCAGAGGGCAUGUGUGCCUCAUCCUACACAUGAACAAGCAUCGUGGGAGUUUGUACAGUUUGUAUAGACUUUAUACAAGGCCUCGUUUUCAUUCCUCGUUUUAUUUUUCUUUAUUUUAUAUGGUUAUUGUGAUUUAAUGCAAAAUUCCAUCACAUUAGAUUAUUUGAAGAAUGGUUCUGAAUGCAUAGUAGGUGAUGGUCUACAUUGUUCUCAUAUACAUUGUAUUUGUAUCAUAUGUGCCUCAGAUCAUUGUGUUGUUCAUUGCUUGGCGGGCCACUGAGACCACAGAUCUCUGUUGUGGGUAUAAAACUGUGCCAUCAUCUAUAAGCCAUCUCUUCAUACUACAGUGUACUGUACUGACCUGUCUCCUCCCCUCUCUCUCCUGCCCCUCCAGUCCCUUCUCCCAGUAAGCUGCGAACCCCAACCACCACGUCUCCCCUGGCCCUGAGGCAGCCUGUGAAGGCUACAUCUACCCCCGGCUCUGGAGCCUCCACCCCCACACGCUCCCUGGGCCCAGCACGCAGUGGCCUGCCCCGGCCCAGUGCAGGAGGAGGAGGGGGUGGAGGCAUCCCCGUGCCUCGCAGCAAACUGGCCCAGCCAGUACGCAGGUAGGGACACACAUUACACACAACUUCAAAGCAAGUUUAGGUGUCAUGUCAGUUGGUUACAGGUGUAUCAGACCUUUUUACUCAUGCGUAGAACUAAUCUGUUUCUCUGGAUCUUCUCUUCCCCAGGUCUUUACCUGCCCCUCGGACCUACAGUGGCGGAAGGGAAGGAGAGAACUGGAGAGAGGGCUGCUACUGAGGCUGGCCUGACCAGCAGGGGGCACUGUUGCUCUCUCAUCAGCACAAAGAGGCAGACAAACAUUACAAUGCGGCACUUUAUCAACCAAGAUUACUUUUACCAUGAAUCAAGAAACUAUAUCAAAGACACAAGUCAAAUUCUUAGUACUAUCAUGAGGAACAUGAUCUGAACAUCUGAAGCAACAUGGUGUGUGUAUCUGUGUGGAUAGGUUCUGAAGGGGCCAGGGUCCGUGCUAUCCCGGUUCCUUGGGACGUCCCUACUAGUGGUGCGCAGGUCAGCUGUUUGUUCAACCGCACCCGCUGAUAUCUUGUCAUUAUAUGUAGUCCUAGAAGACUAAGUAAACCCUUGCUCACCAGAAUGUCAUAAAUCAAAAGAUUGAAUGCUGUAAUUUAAUUGACAUCGUUAAAGUUUUCUGUCAUCUGCUUCUUUCACGGAGAAAAUACGUUUAGGGACCGGGGAGAAAUGCAAUAACUAAAAUAUAAACGGGAACGAUUUUCUAUGCAUAAUUUCCAAAUUACAUCAGUUUGACCGGUUGUAAGGAAAUUGAAUGCUGUGAAAACGACCCAACAUAUUUCUGAUAAGGUUUCAGUUCGCCUUGGAUGCAUAUUUUAUGUGGUUGAAAUACUAUCAGCUUUUAUGAUGCUGAUAAAGUGCCUCUACAAACGGAAUCUAACUGCGCAUUCGCUGUUCUCUCAUGAUGAUGAAAGAAAUCAAUAAUAUUUCUCCACUCCUGCUCCGGAGUCAAUGUUGCCUACAUUUGGUGUAUAAUUGUACUUCAAGAAAUGCUUAAUUCUGCAUGAGUUAAUAUUAAGGCUAUGUGAGAGGUUGUUACUGUCAAAUUUGUAUAGCGCCUCAAUCAUCAUACAUAACAUAAACAUAGGUUUAGGGUAGGGAUGUCCCAAGGGUCCUGUAUAGCACUGACCAAGGGGCCAGGCAGGGCUGGCAGGCGGAAGCCCAGAGAUGCCAAAGAAACCAGCCAAGCUCCAGCAUCACGGCGCCUCCAGAGGGCACUAUCACCUGCCUCAGUGUGUCUGUUCAGCCAUCAGUCAAUCACACAAUGCUUCUCUCCAUCUCUCCCUUCCUCCUUCCCUUGUCUCCCUCUAUAUUUUCACCUCCCUCAGGUUGAAAUGUUUGUACACAUUUCUCUUUUUGCAGUCUGUUCUUAACAGAUGCCUUUAUCAGAGAUCUCUAUGAUGAUGUAAUGUUCCCUUAAUGUUAAAGAAUUGUUGUGAACGUUUUACGAAGUGAACGCACCACAGUAUGGUUGUGUUGUCAAAUCAUAGUUUUUUCCACUUGUGAGACAACUAGAAUGUAUUAAUGUUUGUUUUGGACAUUAUUUAUUCAAAUAAUUAUUUAGAGUUCCUUUUCCAAAUAUACAUUUUCAGUAUUCGUUUUCUAUUGAUUUGAAUCAUUUGAAAAAAUUAACAUUUUGAACCUCAACUGCAAAGCUUAUUCUCCAAAGUCUUUUUAGAUGGUUUCAUAACAGGACAUUUGAGUGUUUAAUGUUUUUAUGUUGAACACACAGGUGACUGGUAGAAACAGGCCAAAGCCCCAUCUCUGACCUUAACCAUAACUAUGGUUUAACCUGGACUGACUAUCACAUCUGUUCCAGAGCUGGGUAGUCAGUAGUCAUGUCAAACUGGGCCAAUCACUGGUAGUCGUCACAAUCUCACUCCAAAUCUACUUCUGGUUUGGUUAGUUAGUUCCAUCUGCUCUCCCACAUUAGAUGAAUAUGCUAUCUACAGUAGAGUCAGAGACAUGUGCUCCCACUAAAACAGAACUAAUGCACAUAGAAUUCCACCCUUGUAGCCCUGAGAUUCGAGCAUGCAGCAAAGGCUUGAUGUAGUUCAUUUAAAACCUGCAACAAUAUUGUGUCAGUGUAUGUUAUGUCAAGACGGAGAGAAUAAAUGAUCAUGACAUCUUAAAUAAGAUAAUAAUGGAAGUUCAAUAGGUUAGUGGCCAUUGCCUCUUGUGCUUUAAAAUGAAUCAAAGAGUUGUGCCGAGAUUCAUAGGGAUGGUAUUGGUGUGCCAGAAAUGAUCGAACUAGUGCCUAUUCAUUUAAAGUUUCACUUUAUUUAUUCAUUUAUCAUUAUGUGCCACUAAUGUCUUGGUUUGCCAAUAUAAUUUGUGUCUUUUGCAUUUCUGCUUGAUUUAGUUUGGGCUCAUUUUGUUAUUUUGUAAUUGUAUCAACAAUACAUUUAUAAUUGCUAAUAUAUAAUAUGCGCCUUGAUAUUUAUAACAAAUUACUCUCAUUCUGUAAAUGAAACUAUUUAAGAGAGAGGUGCCUCUGUAUGUCAAGGUUUGGAUUUAGUGGAAGACUUGGGACUUGUUGCAAAAAAUACAUGCCACGCCAUUUUGUGAUCGUUUUUGUUAAUUAACUUUUUUAUAUUCACCAACAUGACAUUCGGGGCUGGAUUCAAUCCGUAUUGCAUUAGUAUCGCGGAAGAUCCGUGUUGAAAUUUAUAGGCAAUGUUCCCGCGUCCGCGGAUACUGCAUUCACGCUGCAUAUGUCGAUUCAAUCUGAAAUGACCUUUCCAUUAACACUACUUUACAUGCAAUAAAAAUUACCUUUUCAUGCAAUACUUCUGCGAUACGGAUUGACUCCAGCCCUCAGAUUCCCUGUAUAAACUCACAUUACAAUUUUAAAAAGUUGUCUACUGUGUCAUGAAUGGGGCAAUUGUUUUAUGGUUGGGGACAAUUUCAUUCAAACUCUUGUAAUUUCAGGCAGGGCCAGCGCCAGAAGGAAUCAGUUGGAAG